AUGCCUCCAACUUCCAGAGGCCUGUUGUUCUCGCCCUUCGUUCGUCAUGCCUUACGAUUGCCAGUGACGCCAGUCCGUGGUGCUGCCACAGGGAAUAAGCCCAGAUACACCCUUCCGGACAGGAAGCAGCUCCAGGCUCGGAAGGAACAGCACGAGAAAAAUAGGUUGGAUGUAAUGAGAGAACCACAAGAGCCGGAGCCAAAGCAGGAACAAAACAGUGACCACAGUCAAGAGGGACAGCGUUCAGAUGGCCACCGAAAGCCCUUUUUCAAUUUCAUGUCUCCCUCAGCGCGACGUUGGGUAUGGCGUCUCUUCUACAUAGCCCCACCGGUUGCCUUUGUCAUCUUGGAGUUCCCUCUCGAGAUUAUGUGGGUUACUGGCCCGUCCAUGUCACCGCUCCUCAACGUGAACUCAUCUCCUGAGCUUCCACAGACCUCAGAUGCCAUCUUGGUGCAAAAGGUCAUGUUCGAAAACCGCCCUAUGUUUGGCCUUCGGCUUCCCAAGUUCGAACUGCAAAGAGGUCAGAUCAUCGUGUUUUAUGCACCUCACAAUCCCGAGAAGCUGGCGGUCAAGCGGGUAGUCGGCGUCCCAGGUGACAGAGUCAAGCCUCUUCCAGGAUAUCCGGGAGGCGACGAACCCGUGGUGGUCCCUUAUAACCACAUCUGGGUCGAAGGUGACGCCAACAGCCGGGACAAGAGUGUGGAUUCCAACUGGUACGGGCCCAUCAGUCAGAAUUUGGUGAUAGGGUUCGUUACAAUGGUCCUAAGUCCGUGGUAUUCGCCCACCGUCGUCAAUUGGAGAGAACACGACUACCCGGCCAAGAAGAGCGGGCGGGUGGAAAACGACGUGGUUCACGCCGCGAAGCUGGAUCCGGACAAGAUUAGCAUGAUCGAGGCAUUCAGCAACGGGGUUGCAGCCAGAGAACUAGCCGCGAUUCGGAAGAAUAGAAACGAGUUGCCCACUCUGAUGCGAGACUCACAGAAGUUUUUCAAGCUGCGCACAAUAUACGCUCAUGCAAAGUUCGAGCUGGAGCAAGAUAAUCCCGACUCUAAGGAGGUGGCGCAAGGGUUGGUCAGUGAGCUAGAGACUGCCUUUGAAGCUGUCGGGCUGUCCAAGGAGGGGAAGCCGCUUCCCCCAGCGUUGAGGGGAGGAAGCGACGCUUUCGCCGGCGGAGAUGAUGGGUCACAGACUGAGCAAUCCUCGAAGCAGAGGAAACUCCAAGAUUAUCUGGAGAGACGGAAGAAAGAGCCGGCCGACGUUCGGAACGACAGUCUAGAACUGCAGGAUUCGAGCCUGGCUUGA